AUGAAGUCGGAUGACCCCCCUGUGACGCCCGUGUCGGCCACGGACAGGCGGCAGAGCACCAUUGUCACCCGCGAGGAUGCUCGUCUCGAGGACUUGGGCUACAAGCCCGAGCUGAAGCGCGCUUUCUCCAACCUCGAGGUAUUUGGUGUCGCGUUCUCUAUCAUGGGUGUCGUGCCGUCCAUUGCCAGUGUCAUCUUUUACAACCUGCCGUAUGGAGGGCCCGUCGGCAUGGUGUGGGGCUGGGUCGUUGCCGCCGUCCUGAUUGGCACGGUCGGUCUGGCCAUGGGAGAUCUCGCAUCCUCAAUGCCCACUUCCGGUGGUCUCUACUACUGGACCCACCGCCUCAGCCCUCCCAAGUACCGCAACUUCCUGGCAUGGCUGGUUGGAUACAACUCCUUCCUGGGUAAUGUCGCUGCCACAUCGUCACUCGCGUGGGGUGCCCAGGGCAUCAUCUUCGCAGCAGCGUCGAUGGGUUCUCCUGGCUUCAGCCCCGAGAUGUGGCAGACGUUCUUGCUCUACUGCGCCGUCCUCAUCUUCUGCGGCGUCUACUGCGCCUACUUCACGACCCUGUUUGCCCGCAUGCAGAACCCGGCCACCGCCCUCAACCUCAUCCUUGCCUUGGUGACCAUCAUCGGCCUGCCCAUCGCGCGUCGCAAACAUCUCAACACUGCCAAGUUCACCUUCACCGGCUGGGUCAACCUUCACGGCUGGGGUAGUGGCCUCACCUUCUUGCUCUCGAUGCUUGCACCCGUUUGGACCAUUGGAUCCUUCGACUGUGCCGUGUCCAUCUCCGAGGAGGCCUCGAAUGCAGCCACCGCCGUUCCAGCUGCCAUCAUCGGUGCUAUCGGAUCUGCCGGUGUGCUCGGCACACUCAUCCUCAUCAUCUUUGCUCUCUGCAUGGGCACCGACGUCCAAGCCAUCAACGAUGACCCCAUUGGCCAGCCCCUGGCCGUCAUCUACCAGAUGGCGUUUGGCACAAAGGGUGCCCUCGCCGUUUGGUCCCUUAUCGCCAUCUCCCAGUUGGGCAUGACCGCCUCGCUUAUCCUCCCCGCCUCGCGCCAGGCUUUUGCCUUCGCUCGUGAUGGCGCCCUCCCCUUCUCCAAGUUCUGGUACAAGGUCGACCCCAAGACUGAGACCCCGGUCCGCACUGUAUGGCUCGUUGUCGGCUGCGCUAUCCCGCUUGGUCUCCUUGGCUUUGCGGACCCUGUCAACCAGGCUGCCAUCAACGCCAUCUUUGCCCUCAACGUGAUGGGUCUCUACGUCGCCUACGUCAUCCCCAUCGGUGCUCGUGUCAUCUGGGGUGAGAACCACUUUACACCUGGCCCUUGGUACCUCGGUCGCUGGAGUCGCAUCACGGCGCUCAUCGCCUCGCUGUGGAUGCUCUUUGCCAUUGUCAUCUUCUGUUUCCCUGGUGACCCCAACCCGGACGGAGCCAGCAUGAACUACGCCGUCGUCGUGUCGGCUGGAGCAUGGCUCUUUGCCAUCGUCUACUGGUUCUUCCCCAAGGUUGGCGGCAAGACCUUCUUCACUGGUCCUCGUACCUCUGACCUCUCGGCCGAGGUCCACGAGUACUACGAGCAAGAGUACGGAGGAACCAUCGAGGACCCCAACAAGAAGUCGUCCAAGGUCACGACUGUUGCGGUUGACCCGGACCACAAGGAGCGCCCGGAGUCGGACGGCAGUGACAGCCGCGUUCAGACCAUUGACGCGGGGCGAUAG